AUGCUGGCCACCCCAGAAAUGGAACUGUUGACAUUCAGAGAUGUGGUCAUUGAUUUCUCUCCAGAGGAAUGGGAAUGCCUAGACGCUGCUCAAUGGAAUUUAUAUAGGGACAUGAUGCUGUAUCUGCUCAUUUUACCCAAGACUUUUCAGGAGACCAUUGCCUAA